AUGCAGGGAAUAGGAGGCCUGUCGAAACAUAUUGCCGACGAUGAUAUUAGCUGCCAGGUCCUGCAGAUGUUAUGGGACGAAAGGGCUGAUGAACAUAUUCAUUACCGACCAUUUGUCGAUUGGCCUGACGUUGACCCAUCGUUCAAAGAUCUUAUUCAAAGACUUACGAAUCUAGACCCCAUGAAACGACUCACAGCGCGUCAGGCAUUGGAACAUGCUAUUUCCGAUUUACAAAAUGGGCGAAUCUUACGCGUGGCUCAAGCUGCAAGGAUUUAUAGUACACCCCGGGCGACUCUACAAGACAGAUUAAACGGCACUCAACAAAGAUCUCAAGUACGCGCCAACAGUCAUAAAUUAACUCAGUGUGAGGAGGAAUCGCUUGUCAAAUGGAUACUCGAUCUAGAUAAACGUGGAUUACCCCCUCGACACUCUCUUGUACGAGAGAUGGCUGGUUAUCUUCUUUCACAACGCGGAAACCAACAGGUUGGAGAAAAUUGGGUAUAUAAUCUUGUCAAACGUCGCCCAGAGAUUGAAUCAAAUUUCUCACGGAAAUAUAACUAUGAACGUGCUAAGUGCGAAGAUCCGAAGAUAAUCCAAGAAUAUUUUGAUCGCGUACGAGAGGUUAUAUCAGACUAUGGGAUCUUGCCAGAAGACAUCUACAAUUUUGAUGAGACUGGCUUUGCUAUGGGACUCUGUGCGAUUGCCAAGGUUAUCACUGGAAGUGAUCGAUAUGCUCGACCAAAGCUAUUACAGCCUGUUAAUUCGAUUGGAUGGGCUUUGCCUUCGUAUAUUAUUUUCAAGGCAAAGAAAUACACUCGGUUAGGCUGGUUUGAGGAUCUUUCAGACGACUGGAAAAUCAAUAUUAGCGAUAAUGAAUGGAUGACAGAUAAGAUUGGAUUAGAAUGGCUUAAAACUCAUUUUAUUCCUCUUACCGAUGGCCAUACAUUGGGGAAAUAUCGGAUGUUGAUUCUUGAUGGUCAUGGAAGCCAUUUAACUGCUGAAUUUGACCUCUGUAUGCCUCCUCAUUCUUCACAUCUUUUACAGCCUCUUGAUCUUAUUGAGCAGCGAAUGAGGCUUGGGUUCAAUCACAUUGACAAAAUCGACUUUCUCACUGCAUUCCCAAAGGCUCGUACAAUGGCAUAUAAAGCUCAAACUGUUCGGAAUAGCAUUACAGCAACUGGAUUAGUACCAUUCAAUCCAGAUCGAGUUUAUCAACAGCUUACUGUUCGAUUGAGGACUCCAACACCCCCUCCAAGUCGAUCAAGUGAUACACAAUCAUCCUGCUUGCAAACCCCUCAAAACGCACGUCAAUUUAAGCGCCAAAUGACUACAACAAAGAAGAGAAUAAGCCGGCAUACAAGAAGUUCAUCUGAGGCUAUUGGUGAAGUGUUUACAUGGGCGUCGAAGGCUUAUGAGAUGAGUAUUAAUAAGCUUACAAUUGCACAGAAGGAACUCCAUGAUCUACGGGCUGCACAUAAGAAGGAGAAGCAAAAACGUCAAAGAUCUAAGCAGCAAAUAUCUUAUGAGCAGGGAAUUACUAGAGAGGAAGCUCAAUCACUCGUACAAGGUCAGAUUGAAGCAUCUCAAGCUGUUACUACUACUCCGGUCGAGCCUGAGCUCCCAGUCUCUCAUCCACCUGUACGACGUCAAUUUCGCUGCAGCGGUUGUGGUGUUGCAGGACAUAAAAUAACUUGA